AUGUGUCGAUGCCGACCGGGCGAGGCAUGCUGGCCCACGACCAGUGACUGGGAGAACCUCAACCAUAGCAUCGAUGGGAAUCUACAGACGCUGAGGCCGGCCGGCCAUGUAUGUUCUGGCGACCAAUACUCGAAGGAAGCGUGCGAGGAGUACGUGAAGAACUUCCACAAUGGCACCUGGCGCGUUUUGAAUCCAGCGUCGCUCCAAGUGAUCAAUUGGGAGAAUUGGCGAGCAGCAGAGGAAAGCUGUCACGUUGACGGUAUCACAAAUGCGACGUGCCAGCAGGGCAGGGUGCCAGUAUACGCGGCUUCCGUGAAGACUGUGGAGCAGGUGCGAGGUGUCGUUCGCUUUGCUGCUGACCACAAUCUUCGCCUCUCGGUGAGAAACACCGGGCAUGAUCUCGCUGGCCGCUCGACUUCCCCGGAAUCGUUAAUGGUCCAUACAGCUGGACUCAAGGAGAUUCGGUUCACCACGUCUUUCCGUACGACUUCGCCGCUGGGGUACGAGUCUGAAGACUAUGGCCCUGCAGUGACGGUUGGGGCGGGCGUCAUGACAGAGGAUCUGUACGCAUCAGCCGCAGAACAUGGGUAUAGCGUUGCUGGUGGGAGUUGCGGAACUGUUGGCAUCGCUGGCGGUUGGAUGGCAAGUGGUGGUUAUGGAAUACUCACACCGUCCAAGGGACUGGGCGUUGAUAACGUUCUGGAGGUUGGAAUGGUCACGGCAGCUGGCGCGUACGUGAUUGCAAAUGCGUAUCAGAACAAAGACCUCUUCCAAGCCGUUCGAGGCGGCGGAGGAGGUACAUUCGGAAUCAUCACCAGUGUGACGUUCCGAGUAUUUCCUGAUGUGCCGCUGGAGGUGGCCAGAUUAACUGCCGUGGCCGAGGCAGGCCCAGGAGAUGCAUUUUGGUCAGGUGUCCAGGAGAUCAUGGGCACGAUACCGCAAUUGGGAGACCAAGGCAUUGCAGUUCAGAGCUAUGCCUUUCCGUUUGCUGAAUCGGGGUCUCUCAUCUCAGCGGAGAUCUUUUCCAUCAAUCAAACCGAGACAAGCAGUAUGUCUCCUGUCGAUCGCCUCGUCGAGAGCUGGAAGAAUGCUGGGCUCCAGGUCCAGCGCUCCCACGAGCACUUUGCGCAAAUUUCUUCAUACCACGCCAGUCGCAGCACCGAGGGCAUGGCUGGGGUGGGCGUCAUGGUGGGUUCGCGCCUCGUAUCGCGAAGCUCGCUAAAUGCCCCUGACCGUCUGUCCCGUGCGCUUUCCCAGUUGAAGUACAACCCCGGUGAUAUGAUAAGUCUAGACGGAAUGGCGCCUGGGCCCAGCGUGGAGCGAAAGAGCCAUGCACCCCACUCCCUCCAUCCAGCGUGGGACUCGGCCGCGAUGAUCCUCACCCUGGGCCGGGGUCUCCCGCUGGAUCCGAAUUGGGAGGCCUACGAGCAAGUCGAGGAAGAGCUGAAGCAUACUCAGCUGCCCGCAAUCGAUUCACUGGAGAACGCCACCAUUGCUGGGUAUCUGGGUGUGCCCUUCCCGCAUGAGGCUGACCAUGCAGGCGUAUUCUGGGGCGAGAAGUAUGAUGUGCUCCUUGCAACCAAGCGUCGCUGGGAUCCAAAUGAUCUUUUUAUUACCCGGCUAGGAGUAGGGAGUGAAGGAUGGGAUGACGAGGCUAUGUGUCGCAAGCGGACGUCUACUGCGUGGGAAAAGGACCUGCAGAUGUUGUGGGCUCGUUACAACGAACUUUUCGCAUCGCUGUAUUAG